CCCAAAUCUCGAGUCCUCGAGGACACGAUGAGAGAGAAACACAGAACACUCUCAGCGUAAAUAACAUAACAUAUAGAGAAAUUACACGACCAUUUCCCGACCAUCACUCGAAAAAACCCUAAUUUCCAACAUUGAAAUUCAAUUUCUCCUCCGUUUUAUCCGUAAUUCCAUUUUAGACCAACAGCAGUAAGUAGGAGAGCUCCGGUUGCUUGGAGUGCUUCUUGAAGUAGAAGAAGAAGAGGCUGCAGAGUCGCGCCAGGAGCACUUUGAUCUGAGCAACCAGAGUCUUUGAAAUUUGGUUUCGAAGCUGUGCGUUUCGUGUUUUUCGCGGCAAAGCUAGGGUUUUUUGGUUGCUUUCUGCUUGUUCUACUAAGCCAUGAGUCCGGUUCAGAAUUUCGAGCAACACGCUCGGCGUCUCGUCGAGCAUGACCUCCCAAUUCAGGCAAGGCUUCAGAUGGCAAUGGAGGUUCGGGACAGCCUAGAGAUUGCGCACACUGCCGAGUACUUGAAUUUCCUAAGAUGCUACUUUCAUGCAUUCUCAGUGAUUCUUCAGAAAAUUACAAAACCACAGUUCACGGACAAUCCCGAACACAAGCUCCGAAACAUCGUGGUGGAGAUUCUCAAUCGUCUCCCCCACAGUGAAGUACUCCGCCCUUUUGUCCAGGAACUCUUGAAGGUCGCAAUGCAAGUACUAACCACUGACAACGAAGAGAAUGGCUUAAUAUGUAUCCGUAUUAUCUUUGACCUCCUUAGGAACUUCAGGCCCACUCUGGAAAAUGAAGUUCAACCAUUCUUGGACUUUGUUUGUAAGGUUUACCAAAACUUUAAGUUGACGGUUAACCAUUUCUUUGAAAAUGGGGCGGUGGGUGGGGAAGAUAUCAAGCCUAUCGAUACUUCUUUAGAUCAACCAUUGAGCGGUAGUAUCGGUAGUAUCGGUGGUGGUGGAAUUGGGGGUGGCGGUAUUGGUGGUAGUGGGUAUGCUGGGGGUGGGCAGCUUAACCCCAGUACACGUUCUUUCAAAAUAAUUAACGAGAGUCCCCUGGUGGUCAUGUUUUUGUUUCAGUUGUAUAGUCGACUUGUGCAGACCAAUAUUCCUCACCUGUUGCCUUUGAUGGUUGCUGCUAUAUCUGUUCCUGGCCCUGAAAAGGUUCCUCCUCAUUUGAAGACUCAUUUCAUUGAGUUGAAGGGUGCACAGGUGAAGACAGUUUCGUUUUUAACGUAUCUGUUGAAGAGCUUUGCUGAUUAUAUCAGGCCGCAUGAAGAAAGCAUAUGUAAAAGCAUAGUUAAUUUGCUAGUUACAUGUUCAGACUCUGUAUCAACUAGAAAGGAAUUGUUAGUAGCCCUAAAACAUGUUCUUGGAACAGAUUUCAAGAGGGGUUUAUUUCCUCUGAUUGACACACUAUUGGAGGAAAGGGUUCUGGUUGGAAGUGGUCGAGCCUGCUUUGAGACAUUGAGGCCAUUGGCAUAUAGUCUACUUGCAGAGAUUGUUCAUCAUGUUCGUGCGGACCUUUCCUUGUCACAGUUAUCUCGAAUCAUAUACUUGUUUUCGAGCAACAUGCAUGAUGCUUCAUUGUCACUGAGCAUUCAUACUACUUGUGCUCGCUUGAUGCUGAAUCUGGUGGAGCCAAUAUUUGAGAAAGGUGUCGACCAACCAUCUAUGGAUGAAGCACGGAUUCUAUUGGGGCGUAUAUUGGAUGCUUUUGUUGGAAAAUUUAGUACUUUCAAGCGGACUAUUCCUCAGCUGUUGGAGGAGGCUGAGGAGGGAAAGGACCGUGCUACUCUAAGGUCAAAGCUUGAGCUCCCUGUGCAGGCAGUUUUGAAUUUGCAGGUCACUGUCGAACAUUCUAAGGAAGUCAAUGAUUGUAAACAUCUGAUUAAGACAUUGGUCAUGGGAAUGAAGACUAUCAUAUGGAGUAUUACCCAUGCGCACUUGCCGCGAUCACAGGUUUCUGCUUCCACCCAUGGAACACACCCACAGGUGCUUGUUUCACCAUCAUCUAAUUUACCAGCGCCUCAAGCAUUUAAGGGGAUGCGAGAAGAUGAGGUUCGGAAAGCUUCUGGUGUUUUAAAGAGUGGGGUGCAUUGCUUGGCUCUCUUCAAGGAGAAGGAUGAGGAGAGGGAUAUGUUGCAGCUCUUUUCCCAGAUUCUGGCUAUCAUGGAACCUCGAGAUUUAAUGGACAUGUUCUCGUUAUGUAUGCCUGAGCUUUUUGAGUGCAUGAUUUGCAACAACCAAUUGGUUCACAUAUUCUCUACACUUCUGCAAGCCCCUAAAGUAUAUCGGCCUUUUGCAGAUGUUUUGGUUAAUUAUCUUGUAAACAGUAAACUUGAUGUUCUGAAGCAUCCAGAUAAACCUGCAGCAAAAUUAGUAUUGCAUCUCUUUCGGUUCAUAUUUGGCGCAGUUUCAAAGGCGCCUUCAGAUUUUGAACGUAUUUUGCAACCUCACGUGCCUGUUAUAAUGGAAGUUUGCAUGAAAAAUGCUACUGAAGUUGAAAAGCCUCUUGGUUAUAUGCAACUUCUUCGCGCAACGUUUCGAGCACUGGCAGCAUGCAAAUUUGAUCUUCUUAUGAGGGAUUUGAUUCCUAUGUUACAACCGUGUCUUAAUAUGCUGUUGAUGAUGCUUGAGGGUCCAACAGGGGAAGAUAUGAGGGACCUUUUGCUGGAGUUGUGCUUAACCUUGCCUGCACGCUUAAGCUCAUUGUUACCACACCUUCCCCGUCUUAUGAAGCCUCUUGUUUUGUGUCUUAAAGGAAGCGAUGAUCUUGUGGGCUUAGGUUUAAGAACACUGGAGUUUUGGGUAGAUAGUUUGAAUCCUGAUUUCUUGGAACCUAGCAUGGCUAAUGUAAUGUCUGAGGUGAUUUUGGCCCUAUGGUCUCAUUUGAGGCCUGCUCCCUAUCCUUGGGGUGCAAAAGCAUUGCAACUCCUUGGCAAGUUAGGAGGUCGUAACAGGCGUUUUCUGAAAGAGCCCCUUGCACUUGAGUGCAAGGAGAACCCAGAGCAUGGACUCCGUGUGAUUCUUACAUUUGAGCCUGAAACCCCAUUUUUGGUGCCAUUGGAUCGAUGCAUUAAUCUUGCUGUGGUAGCUGUUAUGCACAAAAAUGGUGGAAUUGAUACUUUCUACCGAAAACAGGCUUUGAAGUUUCUUCGUGUUUGCUUAUCAUCUCAGCUUAAUUUGCCAGAAAAGUUUACCGACAAUGGAUGCACACCUAGUCAGUUGUCAACUUUGUUAGUUUCUGCAGUUGAUUCUUCUUGGCAGCGGCCUGAAACAUCAGGAAUAAAGGCUGACUUAGGUGUAAAGACGAAGACCCAACUUAUGGCUGAAAAGUCAGUCUUCAAGAUUCUCUUAAUGACUGUUAUUGCUGCCAGUGUGGAACCAGAUUUCCAAGACCCCAAGGAUGACUUUGUUGUCAAUGUAUGCCGCCAUUUUGCAAUGAUGUUCCAUAUUGAUUCAUCCUUAACAAAUACUGCAGUUGCUACUGCUACGCUUGGGGGCCCUAUGCUUUCGUCAAAUGCCAAUGUUGGUUCCAGUUCCAGGUCAAAGAAUAGUAGUUCAUCAAACCUCAAAGAGUUGCACCCUCUUAUAUUUUUAGAUGCUCUAGUUGAUGUGCUAGCAGAUGAAAACAGGCUCCAUGCCAAGGCUGCACUUAGUGCUUUAAAUGUUUUCUCUGAGACACUUCUCUUUCUUGCUCGCUCAAAGCAUGCUGAUGUGCUGAUGUCAAGAGGCCCUGGUACUCCAAUGAUGGUCUCUAGUCCGUCAUUGAAUCCUGUUUAUUCUCCACCUCCAAGUGUUCGCAUCCCUGUUUUCGAGCAACUUCUGCCCCGUCUUUUGCAUUGUUGCUAUGGGACAACAUGGCAAGCGCAGAUGGGAGGUGUUAUGGGACUUGGUGCUUUGGUUGGAAAGGUUACUGUUGAGACCCUGUGCCUUUUCCAAGUAAGAAUUGUGCGUGGUUUGGUAUAUGUUCUUAAAAGGCUUCCUAUUUAUGCUAGCAAAGAGCAAGAAGAGACGAGUCAGGUGCUUACACAGGUUCUUCGCGUGGUUAAUAAUGUUGACGAAGCAAACAGUGAACCACGCCGGCAAAGUUUUCAAGGAGUAGUUGAUUUCCUUGCUACAGAAUUGUUUAAUCCAAAUGCAUCUGUUAUCGUCAGAAAGAAUGUGCAGUCAUGCUUGGCACUUUUGGCUAGUAGAACUGGUAGUGAGGUAUCUGAGCUGCUUGAACCAUUAUAUCAAAAUUUGCUUCAGCCUCUUUUGGUGCGAUCACUCCGGUCAAAAACUGUUGAUCAACAGGUGGGAACAGUUACAGCUUUAAACUUUUGCCUUGCCUUGAGGCCACCUCUUCUCAAGCUGACUCAAGAAUUGGUUAAUUUUCUCCAAGAAGCUUUGCAAAUAGCUGAGGCUGAUGAAACUGUAUGGGUUGUGAAGUUUAUGAACCCAAAGGUGGCAACAUCACUAAACAAGCUUCGAACAGCCUGCAUUGAGCUACUCUGUACUACUAUGGCGUGGGCAGAUUUCAAAACUCCAAAUCAUUCAGAACUGCGUGCAAAGAUCAUUUCCAUGUUUUUCAAAUCUUUGACAUGUCGAACACCUGAAAUUGUUGCUGUGGCUAAGGAAGGCUUGCGACAGGUUAUUAAUCAGCAGAGGAUGCCAAAAGAACUUCUGCAGAGCAGCCUCAGGCCUAUUUUGGUGAACUUGGCACAUACGAAGAAUCUGAGCAUGCCUCUUCUGCAAGGUCUGGCCCGUCUUCUUGAACUUCUGUCCAAUUGGUUUAAUGUUACCUUGGGCGGCAAACUGCUGGAACACCUAAAGAAAUGGUUAGAGCCUGAAAAACUUGCACAAAGCCAGAAAUCAUGGAAGGCUGGUGAAGAGCCAAAAAUUGCAGCUGCUAUUAUCGAGCUUUUUCACCUUCUUCCUAUAGCUGCAUCAAAGUUCCUUGAUGAACUUGUAACCUUGACUAUAGAAUUGGAAGGAGCACUUCUUCCGGGACAAGUAUACAGUGAGAUUAACAGUCCAUAUCGUCUUCCACUGACAAAAUUUUUGAAUCGCUAUGCAACACUUGCAGUUGAUUAUUUUCUUGCUCGCUUAAGUGAACCAAAGUACUUCAGGAGGUUUAUGUAUAUAAUCCGAUCGGAUGCUGGCCAGCCUUUGAGAGAUGAACUUGCUAAAUCACCACAGAAAAUACUCGCAAGCGCCUUUCCUGAAUUUUUGCCAACUGCUUCGGGAUCGUCAACUCCACCUACUGCUUUGUUGGGUGAUGAAGGUCUUGUUAAGCCUGUACCUGAUAGUUCUAAUCCACCAUCUGCACAUCCUGGUGCAACACCAGAUGCUUAUUUUCGGGGACUUGCACUUAUCAAAACUUUAGUCAAAUUGAUACCUGGCUGGCUACAGAGUAACCAAAUUGUGUUUGAUACCUUGGUACUUGUUUGGAAGUCACCUGCAAGACUAUCUCGUCUACAUAAUGAACAGGAGCUGAACUUAGUGCAGGUUAAAGAAAGCAAAUGGCUUGUCAAAUGCUUCCUGAAUUAUUUACGACAUGACAAAACAGAAGUGAAUGUUCUCUUUGAUAUACUCUCCAUCUUCUUGUUUCAUACUCGAAUUGAUUUUACAUUUCUGAAGGAGUUUUAUAUCAUCGAGGUUGCAGAAGGAUAUCCACCUAACUUUAAGAAAGCACUUCUCUUGCAUUUUCUAAAUCUUUUCCAGUCAAAACAACUUGGCCACGAUCAUCUGGUGGUUAUUAUGCAAAUGCUCAUUCUUCCGAUGUUGGCUCAUUCCUUCCAAAAUGAUCAAAGUUGGGAAGUUGUUGACCAACCUAUUAUAAAAACGAUUGUUGAUAGACUUCUCGAUCCUCCAGAAGAGGUUUCUGCUGAAUAUGAUGAGCCCUUGAGAAUAGAACUUUUGCAGCUUGCCACUUUGCUUCUCAAGUAUCUGCAGAAUGACCUUGUCCAUCAUAGGAAAGAACUUAUCAAAUUUGGUUGGAAUCAUCUCAAACGCGAAGAUAGUGCCAGUAAACAGUGGGCAUUUGUAAAUGUUUGCCACUUCUUGGAGGCCUAUCAAGCCCCAGAAAAAAUCAUACUCCAGGUUUUUGUAGCACUUCUGAGAACUUGCCAGCAAGAGAAUAAAAUGCUGGUCAAGCAGGCCCUCGAUAUACUAAUGCCAGCACUGCCACGUAGGUUGCCGCUUGGAGAUUCUCGCAUGCCAAUUUGGAUACGGUACACCAAAAAAAUUUUGGUUGAGGAAGGCCACUCAAUUCCUAAUCUGAUUCACAUUUUCCAGCUUAUUGUGCGCCAUUCAGAUCUCUUUUACAGCUGUAGAGCUCAAUUUGUACCUCAGAUGGUCAAUUCUCUUAGUCGCCUUGGAUUGCCUUACAACACUUCCGCAGAAAACAGGCGUCUCGCAAUUGAACUUGCUGGCUUGGUGGUUGGCUGGGAAAGACAAAGGCAAAAUGAAAUGAAAAUAGUAGUGGAUGGUGAUGUCACCAAUCAGAACAGUGAGGGUUUUAAUCCAGGCCCUGCUAGUGCUGAUCCUAAGCGCUCUGUGGAUGGGUCUACAUUUCCUGAAGAUUCAACGAAGCGUGUCAAAGUUGAACCUGGUCUUCAAUCCCUCUGUGUGAUGUCUCCUGGUGGUGCAUCAUCAAUACCUAACAUUGAGACCCCUGGAUCUGCUAGCCAACCUGAUGAAGAAUUCAAGCCAAAUGCUGCUAUGGAGGAAAUGAUUAUCAAUUUCCUUAUAAGGGUUGCCUUGGUCAUAGAGCCUAAGGACAAGGAAGCAAGUACUAUGUACAAACAAGCUUUAGAGCUACUUUCACAAGCUUUGGAGGUGUGGCCAACUGCCAAUGUUAAGUUUAAUUAUUUAGAGAAGUUGCUAAGCAGCAUUCAACCUCAGUCCAAGGACCCUUCCACAGCCCUCGCGCAGGGCUUGGAUGUUAUGAAUAAGGUCCUAGAGAAGCAGCCACAUUUAUUCAUCAAAAAUAAUAUCAACCAAAUUUCUCAGAUUCUUGAACCAUGUUUCAAGUAUAAACUGUUGGAUGCUGGAAAGUCAUUGUGCUCCCUGUUGAAAAUGGUCUUUGUUGCUUUUCCUCCAGAAGCAGCUACUACACCACAAGAUGUGAAACUAUUAUAUCAUAAGGUUGAUGAACUAAUACAGAAGCACAUCAAUACUGUUACAGCUCCUCAAACAUCGAGUGAAGAGAGCACUGCUAAUUCAAUUAGCUUUGUGCUGCUUGUGAUUAGAACCUUGACAGAGGUGCAGAAGAACUUUGUUGAUCCUUACAUCUUGGUUCGUAUUCUUCAACGCCUGGCACGGGAUAUGGGGUCAUCAGCAGGUUCUCUUUUGAGACAAGGUCAGACAAAAGAUCUAGAUUCUGCAGUCUCCUCUUCUCGUCAAGGUGCCGAUGUUGGAGCAGUUAUUUCUAAUCAGAAAUCUGUGCUAGAUUCUGCAGUCUCCUCUUCUCGUCAAGGUGCCGAUGUUGGAGCAGUUAUUUCUAAUCUGAAAUCUGUGCUGAAACUUAUUAGUGAAAGGGUCAUGAUUGUUCCAGAUUGCAAAAAAUCCGUAACUAACAUAUUGAAUACCUUGCUUGCUGAGAAAGGUACUGAUGCUACCGUGCUGCUUUGCAUACUUGAGGUAAUAAAAGGGUGGAUUGAAGAUGACUUCGGAAAGCUAGGCACAUCUGUCAAUUCCAAUGCUUUUCUCACUCCGAAGGAAAUAGUUUCUUUUCUUCAAAAGCUUUCACAGGUUGAUAAACAAAACUUCUCAAAUGCUCUGGAAGAAUGGGACAGUAAAUAUCUUCAGCUUCUCUAUGGAUUAUGUGCAGAUUCAAAUAAAUAUCCCCUAUCCCUGCGUCAAGAGGUGUUUCAGAAAGUGGAAAGGCAAUUCAUGCUUGGUUUACGGGCAAGAGAUCCUGAAUUCAGGAUGAAAUUCUUCUCGCUUUAUCAUGAAUCUCUUGGGAAAACAUUGUUUGCUAGGCUUCAGUACAUUAUUCACCUCCAGGAUUGGGAAGCCUUGAGUGAUGUCUUCUGGCUCAAACAGGGCCUUGAUCUUCUUUUAGCAAUCUUAGUCGAGGAUAAAGCUAUUACUCUUGCUCCAAAUUCUGCAAAGGUGCCACCACUUCUGGUUUCAGGUUCUCCAGACCCUUCUGGGAUGCAGCACCAGGUCACUGAUAUUCCAGAGGGUUCCGAGGAUGCUCCUCUAACAUUUGACACCCUUGUUCGUAAGCAUGCACAUUUUUUGAAUGAGAUGAGCAAACUCAAGGUGGCUGAUCUUAUUGUUCCACUGAGAGAGCUUGCUCAUAUGGAUGCCAAUGUCGCAUACCAUUUAUGGGUGUUGGUGUUUCCCAUUGUCUGGGUGACCUUACACAAGGAAGAGCAGGUUGCACUAGCUAAACCAAUGAUUACCCUCCUUUCAAAAGAUUAUCAUAAGAAGCAGCAGGGCAGCAGACCAAAUGUUGUGCAAGCCCUUCUGGAAGGGCUUCAGUUGAGCCACCCUCAACCUCGGAUGCCAAGUGAGCUCAUUAAAUAUAUUGGAAAAACUUACAAUGCAUGGCACAUAGCAUUGGCGCUGCUGGAAAGUCAUGUUUUGUUGUUCACAAAUGAUGCAAAGUGCUCUGAGUCCCUUGCUGAACUAUAUCGCUUGCUCAAUGAAGAAGAUAUGAGGUGUGGGCUGUGGAAGAAAAGGCCAAUAACUGCAGAAACUAGGGCUGGUCUUUCGCUAGUUCAGCAUGGCUACUGGCAGCGUGCUCAAAGCCUCUUUUACCAAGCAAUGGUUAAGGCAACUCAAGGCACAUAUAACAACGCAAUACCAAAGCCCGAGAUGUGUCUCUGGGAAGAACAAUGGCUGUGCUGUGCUACUCAACUUAGUCAAUGGGAUGCAUUGGUAGACUUUGGAAAGAGUGUUGAGAAUUAUGAAAUACUACUUGACAGUCUUUGGAAAUCGCCUGAUUGGGCAUAUAUGAAGGAUCAUGUAAUGACAAAGGCUCAGGUGGAAGAAACUCCAAAACUUCGGCUCAUACAAGCAUUUUUUGCGCUUCAUGAAAGAAAUUCCAGUGGUGUCGGGGAUGCUGAGAACAUUGUGGGGAAAGGUGUAGAUCUUGCCUUGGAUCAGUGGUGGCAGUUGCCACAGAUGUCUGUCCAUGCCAGGAUUCCUCUUUUACAGCAAUUCCAACAGCUAGUUGAAGUUCAAGAGUCAUCUAGAAUUCUUGUGGACAUUGCCAAUGGAAACAAACUUUCUGGGAAUUCCGUAGUUGGUGUGCACGGAAAUCUGUAUGCCGAUCUCAAGGACAUUCUUGAGACUUGGAGACUGAGAACUCCAAAUGAAUGGGAUAACAUGUCUGUUUGGUAUGAUUUACUACAAUGGAGGAACGAAAUGUAUAAUGCAGUCAUAGAUGCAUUCAAAGAUUUCACGACAACAAAUAAUAAUCUUCAUCACCUUGGUUAUCGUGACAAAGCUUGGAACGUCAAUAAGCUUGCCCGUGUUGGUCGUAAGCAAGGCCUAUAUGAUGUUUGCGUGAUAAUACUUGAAAAGAUGUAUGGCCAUUCAACGAUGGAAGUGCAGGAGGCCUUUGUUAAGAUAAGAGAACAAGCAAAAGCUUAUUUGGAAAUGAAAGGAGAGCUUACCAGUGGUCUCAAUUUAAUCAACAGCACUAAUCUGGAGUAUUUUCCUGUGAAACAUAAAGCAGAAAUAUUUCGUCUGAAGGGGGAUUUCUUGUUAAAGUUAAAUGACUCUGAAGGUGCUAAUCUUUCAUACUCCAAUGCCAUCAGCCUGUUCAAAAAUUUGCCUAAAGGAUGGAUAAGCUGGGGAAAUUACUGUGACAUGGCUUACAGAGAAACCAAUGACGAGAUGUGGUUGGAGUAUGCUGUGAGCUGCUUUCUUCAAGGCAUCAAAUUUGGCAUAUCUAACUCAAGAAGUCAUCUUGCUCGUGUUUUAUAUCUUCUCAGCUUUGAUACUCCCAAUGAACCUGUUGGGAAAGCUUUUGAUAAAUAUCUUGAUGAAAUUCCGCACUGGGUCUGGCUUUCUUGGAUUCCACAGCUCUUACUUUCUUUGCAGAGGGCAGAAGCUCUCCACUGCAAACUCGUCCUACUAAAAAUCGCCACUGUGUAUCCGCAGGCUCUAUAUUACUGGCUGCGCACGUAUUUGCUUGAACGACGCGAUGUUGCAAAUAAAACUGAACUUGGUAGUAGAAUGGCAAUAGCUCAAAGGAUGCAGCAAAGUGCCUCUGGUGCCAGCGCUGUUUCAAUCGGCUUAGCUGAUGGGAACGCUAGAGUACAAGGUCAUAGUGGCAGUAACUUAUCCUCAGACAACCAAGCUCACCAAGCUGCUCAAUCCGGUGGCGGAAUUGGUUCUCAUGAUGGUGGAAACUCUCAUGGGCAAGAAUCUGAAAGGUCCACAGGUGUCGAGAGCGGCAUCCAUACGGGGAAUGAGCAACAAAGUUCUUCAACCAUCAAUGAUGGUGGUCAAAGUGCAUUAAGGCGCAAUGGUGCUCUGGGUUCGGUACCUUCUGCUGCAAGUGCUUUUGAUGCUGCAAAAGAUAUAAUGGAGGCUCUUAGAAGCAAGCAUACUAAUUUGGCUAGUGAACUCGAGACUCUGCUGACUGAAAUUGGUUCAAGGUUUGUCACUCUGCCAGAGGAGAGACUUCUAGCUGUUGUUAACGCACUGCUUCAUCGAUGUUACAAGUACCCAACUGCCACAACAGCUGAGGUUCCUCAAUCUCUUAAGAAGGAGCUCUCUGGUGUUUGCAGAGCUUGCUUUUCACAAGAUGCUGUGAAUAAGCACGUUGAAUUUGUGAGAGAGUAUAAACAGGAUUUUGAGCGUGAUCUUGAUCCUGGGAGCACUACUACUUUCCCGGCUACCCUCUCUGAAUUGACUGAGCGGUUAAAACAUUGGAAAAAUGUCCUCCAGAGCAAUGUUGAGGACAGGUUUCCAGCUGUCUUGAAGCUGGAAGAGGAAAGCAGGGUGUUGCGCGAUUUCCAUGUCGUUGAUGUAGAGGUUCCAGGACAAUACUUUAAUGAUCAGGAAAUUGCACCCGACCAUACAGUAAAGUUAGACAGGGUUGGAGCUGAUAUACCAAUUGUACGAAGACAUGGAAGUAGUUUCCGUCGUUUGACUUUAAUUGGCUCGGAUGGAUCUCAACGCCAUUUUAUUGUCCAGACAUCUUUGACUCCUAAUGCUAGAAGUGAUGAACGAAUAUUGCAGCUUUUCCGUGUGAUGAACCAAAUGUUUGAUAAGCACAAGGAAUCGAGGCGACGCCACAUAUCUAUUCACACCCCAAUCAUCAUUCCUGUUUGGUCUCAGGUCCGCAUGGUAGAAGAUGAUUUGAUGUACAGCACCUUUCUUGAGGUGUAUGAGAACCAUUGUGCAAGGAACGACAAGGAAGCGGAUCUUCCCAUCACCUAUUUUAAGGAGCAAUUGAACCAAGCUAUUUCCGGCCAAAUCUCACCAGAAGCUGUCGUAGACCUUCGCCUCCAAGCUUAUAAUGACAUAACAAGAAAUCUUGUAACUGAUGGCAUUUUUUCGCAAUACAUGUACAAGACUCUGCUAAAUGGCAACCAUAUGUGGGCUUUCAAAAAGCAGUUUGCCAUCCAGCUGGCCCUCUCAAGUUUCAUGUCUCUCAUGCUACAAAUUGGUGGGAGGUCCCCAAAUAAAAUUUUAUUUGCCAAGAACACAGGCAAAAUUUUUCAAACUGAUUUUCAUCCUGCAUAUGAUGCAAAUGGAAUGAUCGAGUUUAAUGAACCAGUACCAUUUCGUCUUACGAGGAACAUGCAAGCCUUCUUCUCCCAUUUUGGAGUGGAAGGCCUCAUUGUGUCUGCAAUGUGUGCUGCUGCACAGGCCGUUGUUUCACCUAAACAAAGUCAACAUCUGUGGCAUCAGUUGGCUAUGUUCUUCCGUGACGAGCUGCUGUCUUGGUCUUGGAGAAGACCCCUUGGCAUGCCUAUGGCCCCAUUUGCUGGAGGGGGUAGUAUGAACCCCGCUGACUUUAAGCAGAAGGUCAUCACCAAUGUCGAGCAUGUUAUUGGCCGGAUCAAUAGAAUUGCCCCACAGUACUUUUCUGAAGAGGAGGAUAAUGCCAUGGAACCACCACAGUCGGUGCAGCGCGGAGUGACCGAGUUGGUUGAAGCUGCCUUGACUCCGAGGAACUUGUGCAUGAUGGAUCCGACGUGGCACCCCUGGUUUUGAAGUUAGCACCGGAGGUUUUAGAGUUAAAAAUAUGGUAUAUUUUGCUCGGACGGUUUCCUGUUGUAAAUAUUUAUCAUGUACAUAUCGGUGCUCUUAUAGUGAUUUUGAGAAGUCGUUCUCUAUAAUUAUAUUUUUGACACCCAAUUUGGAAAGAAUUGAGUGGGGUGUUGAAUAUGUAAAUCACAAAUUCAUAUGUAAAUCACAUUUAGGAGCAAAGAUUUGGUUCUAGGGUUUUAGGUAUCUCAUUGAAGAGGAUCCAUAUAUUAUACAAAUGAAAUGCGUCAUCGUUCCUUUGCAGGGAAUUUAGUUUUUGGUUAAAACUAUUGACGUAUUUGAGA